AUGAGGGCCAACUGCCCGGACGACGCCGAGGUGGAGGCCGACACGGAGGCGGACAUGGAGGAUCGGCUGUCGGCGGACUACGGCGACCCCGACGCGGAGCGGGACGCCGGGCGGGACGCAGAGCGGGACCGGAGCCGCAAGCGACCGCGGGAACGAGACCAGGACCUCGGCGGCUCGGAGGUGGCCGCUUCCUCGAGCCGCGACCCGCAUCAGUCUUCGUCGGGGGCGGGCUCCGGAGCCGCGGGCAGUUCCGCCUCCGGCGAGGGCGGCAGCGGCGGCGGCAGCGGGGGCGGCAGCCGGAGUCGCAAGCCGCGGCGGCGGCGCACCGCCUUCACGCACGCCCAGCUCGCCUACCUGGAGCGCAAGUUCCGAUGCCAGAAGUACCUGUCCGUGGCGGACCGCAGCGACGUGGCCGACGCGCUCAACCUGUCCGAGACGCAGGUCAAGACCUGGUACCAGAACCGCAGGACGAAAUGGAAGCGGCAGAACCAGCUGCGUCUGGAGCAGCUCCGGCAGCAGGCCAACAUCGACGACCUGCUGGGCCGCGGCGGCGCCGGGGAGUGCUGCGAUGUAACAGAUUCAAAGGCACUUAGUGACUACAGCUAUGCUAAUUUUGAUCUAAAGUGCUGUCACAGUACAAAUACUUCAGGUUUCUCUCAAUAA